GCCUCAGACUGGCAUGGAGCAGUCACUGAUUCGAACUCUCCAUGGCUCCAGGCAUACGAGCUCCUCGUCCAGGAUGCCCACAAAAAACGGCGCGCGCGAGGAAAACGCAGCGGCAACGAGGAAAAUAAGCAAAAAUGCCGGGACAAAGCCGCGAAGAAGGCCAAAAAGAAGGCCGCGGCCGGGGUGUUUGAGUCUUGGAACGAACACUAA